AUGGCAAGUGAAAGUAGUUCAGCAGUCUUAGAUUUGAAUGAUGUGGACACAACUGAUACAGAAGUAGGCAGUGUCACAGAUGAUAGAGAGGGUUCACCCCUCAUCAUGGAGACGGGAUAUGAUAUCGCUGUUAAGGUAGACGCGCCCAUGAAACAGCUGUCGACUCUAGAAACAUUUGUGACGUUUCGCGUACGAUGCGUUUGCGCACGAUGGCCUGCACCGCCCUACGUUAGACGACGGUUUAAUCAUUUUAAGCUACUUCACAAGCGCCUGUCAGCCGCCCAUCCCUUAGUGGCAAUACCACCGCUGCCUCCGCUGCAUUCAGCGAGGCAGCAGCUCGAUAGAUAUUCGCCGUCGUUCGUCGCUGUGCGAGCGUUGGCGCUUGACGCUGUUAUGGAGAGAAUCGCAAAACACCCAAUUUUGACACACAGCGACGACUUCAGACUUUUUGUGACCACACCAGACGAAGAUAUUGAUAAGAUAUUUAAAAGUGAAAACAGCGCUUUAAAUUUAUGGGGGCUUAGUUCAGCGCUGUAUGGGAACAACGAGGCGAAGGUCACUAAUGGCGCUAGAGUGAAAGACCCGGAGUUCACCUCGGCAGGUGAUUACAUGCAGUCGUUGCAGGUGAAGUUGACAGCACUUUGCACGCUCACGAACAAGCUGUACAAGGGAUCCGUCUCCCUCAGCAACGAGUAUACGGGUAUGCGUCGUGCCUGCGACGCAUGGGCCAGUCAAGUGGGCGGGCGGAGUUCCCGGGCCUGCGCUGCCGUGGCUAGGGGGUGCGCCGGCGCAGCUGCAGCCCGAGAAAGAGCCCCGCUCAAGUAUAAAGCCAUCUUGCCCCUGUUGGCCGCAUAUGCCAAUGCCCAUCUGGACAAGAUCAAGGCUAGAGAUGCUUUGCAUGCUGCAUAUGUUGCUGGCAACAAUGCGACAGGUGACAAUCAUAACAGGUUGGAACAGGCAUCGGAGGCCCUCCGCUCCGAGCUAUCGGACUGGAUCCCGAAGACACGGCGGGAAGUGAAGAGCCAUUUGCUGGAGCUGGCCGACAGGCAGGUGGCCAUCCACACUCAGUCGCUGAUGGCCUGGGAGGCGGCCCUGGAACUCUCGCACGAGGCGGACGUCGGCCAACUCUUCAAAACUGUAUCGAAAACGGCCGUGCAGAACCUCUCCCCCUCCAAGUGUCCGACGGAUGUCGAGAGCGACUUCGGCGACGGGAAUAAUGAAGACGAAACGAAGGAGAACGGAGUGAACGGGGAGAAGGAGGAGGAGAAGUCCUCGGAAGAGGAGAAGGAGUUCGCGGACCCUCUGCAGAAGUUCACCGAAGUGGAGUUGUCCUGA